AUGAAUCGCGAAGGGUUAUCCAUCUACUCGAAAGUGGCCGAUGUGGUACAUGAUAAUAGAUGGAUGUGGCCGGAUACGUGGCGGGAUGCGUUUCCAAUACUCUUUCAGCUCAAUCCGAUCUCAAUAGUGCCGCAUAAAGUAGAUACCAUCAUGUGGAAGAAACAAGGUGAUUCUACGGAACCUUUUUCUACAAAGGUGGCGUGGGAUUCGCUAAGAGAAACAGGUCAACGGGCUAACUGGUACAACAUGGUGUGGUCUUCUUUUACUAUACCAAGACAUCCGUUUCUUUAUUGGCUGAUUUGUAGGAGGAAGCUAGCAACUCAAGAUCGAAUCCAGUUGUGGAACAAUGCUGCGGGUAAUGCUAAUAUGAUGUGUUGUCUCCUUUGUAAUAGAGGGUUGGAAACACAUGAACACCUAUUUUUCGAGUGUCCAUACUCAAACCAGAUUUGGGCCUUAAUCCGCAAGAAGAUGGAUAUGAUUCAGAUUGAUGGGAAAUGGGAGGAUGUGGUGGCGUGGGUGAUUCCUAACGCUAAAUCUAAACGACUCAUUUGGGUUAUUCGUAAACUUGUUGCUGCGACGGCUUAUUUUGCCUGGCAGGAAAGAAACUCGAGAUUCUUUAAUAACCAGUUGUGA